AUGGCGCUGGUUUUGCAACGGGUGUACGAUGUGUACCAAGAGUUCCUCGUAAAUCGACGCGAUAUGCGCAGUGCACAUCUUCCGUUGGCCGGAAGUCCGUGGCCAUUGGUGACACUGUUGGCAACAUACCUGUACGUGGUGCUAUACGCCGGACCACGGUUUAUGGCACACCGGAAACCGUUCGAUCUGCGGAAUGUUAUUCGCGUUUACAACAUUGUGCAAGUGUUGAUCAACAGUGUUUUAUUCAGUUGGAUUGUUGUUAAAAUCUUCAUCGUCUACAAAGACUACAACUACUCGUGCCAGGUGUGCCACUACACUAGCGACGCCCGGGGUAUGGAGGAGAUGUACCUUAGCUAUAGCUACUUUAUGCUCAAAGUCCUGGAUCUUGCCGAUACCGUAUUUUUCGUGCUACGCAAGAAGCAGUCGCACGUGUCGUUCCUCCACGUGUACCAUCACACGAUCAUGGCGACAGGGUCGUACUUCGGCCUACUGUACGUUCCGGGCGGGCACGCGAUCAUGCUCGGCAUCUGGAACACGCUGGUGCACGCCGUCAUGUACUUCUACUACUUCCUGUCCUCGUUCGGGUCACAGUACAGCGAAUGGUGGAAGAAGCACCUCACCCGUAUGCAGCUGCUCCAGUUCAUUCACCUCGCGUUCCACUUCGGUAUUCCGCUGUUUUCCAACUAUGAGUGCAAGUUUCCGCGCGUCUGGCUGGUUUUUGGUUUCCUGCAGGCCAUCUUCAUUCUGGCGCUGUUCAUGGACUUCUACAUUAAGUCGUACAUCGUCAAGCGGAAAAAGCAAUAG